AUGAUUAUCCUGCACCUGCGUAUGCCCUCCCUGCCUCCCCAUUACUCCCCAGCACCCAUUCUCCCCCUCCCAUCAAGUCCACCUCCUCACCUCCCAACGCUCCCUAACAUACCUCCUCCCAACACCUCACCUCCUUCCCUCCCACGCACUCAGCCCCGCACCCAGCCACGCUCCCACCCCGCCCCGCCAAACGCAACUCCUUCCCCGCCCCGCCUCGUCCCGCCCCCUAAUAACCCGCCUUCAAUAACAACAUGGCCGCCUGCCUGCCUGCCUGCCUGCCUGCUCCCAGCCCCCCACCUUCCCCCACCGCCCGCCCCGCCUGAAAGAGUGAGAGCCUGGACGAAAAGACCCAGGGUUGGUGUGCGUGCCCGCCAUCCCGCCCGUACACAGACAGCUUCCGAUAACCACGGGGGACCAACAAGUUAUAAUGAGUGUGUGUGGCCGCGGCGAGGCUAA